CUCAUGGCAAUGGGCGAGCCUCCGCGUCCAAGAGGCACAAGGCAACCCGGCAGAUGGGCGGCUACCCUCCUGCAGCCAAGGGGGCCGGCGGUUCGGGCUUGUCAGCGUCCUCCGGAGGAUGGGCAAGCUGGAGGAUUCUACGGGAGCAGCAGCGGCUCUGCCCCCGGCCGCCGCUUUGGGAUGCUGAGCCGCCGCGUCGUCAGCAUGUAGGCAGCGCUGCAGGAAGUGCUGAGAGUUCAGGCGAGAGAGCGGCUGGCCGAGAGAGUUCAAGCGGCUUUCCUUCGGCGCGGCUCACGAGGGAAAUCGGGCCCGAGCAACCCCUUCUUCUUUUUCCCCCCCUUCAGCCCGGGACUCAGCUGGCGCCUCAGCCGGAGCAGACGGCAGCCCGCGGCGCGGCGCCCACCCCAGCUUGCAAAGAGAGCGCCUCCUUCUGCGAUGCGGCUUUAAUAUCUCUUAAAGGCAGCCGAGAGGCGUCGGUUUGCGUGAAUGGGCGGGAUUGAUGCCCCUUUAAUUAGGGUUUUCCAGCUCGGUAUUCCAAGUGACCGGUGACUUCCCACCCACCCCUUCCCAUCCCACCCCACCCCUAGAGGCUAAGAACCUACUACGGUUCAAAGAUGUACACGUUUGUGGUGCGAGAUGAAAACAGCAGCAUCUAUGCUGAAGUCUAAAUUCUCCUCUCCACUGGACAAUGGAAGAGGCUCAAAAGAGAUAAUCCCAGAUUCAACCUCAUGUUGGGCGAGAGAAACAGGCUGCCUUUUGGGAGGCUGGGUCAUGAACCUGGACUUACACAGUUGGUGAACUACUACAGAGGGGCUGAUAAACUUUGUCGAAAAGCUUCUUUAGUGAGGUUAAUCAAGACAAGUCCUGAAUUGGUGGAGGGUUGCACGUGGUUUCCAGAAUCCUAUGUGAUUUAUCCAACUAAUUUGAAGACACCAGUAGCUCCAGCUGAGAAUGGGCUUCAACAUCUGAUAAACAACACAAGAACAGAUGAAAGGGAAGUCUUUCUGUCAUCCUAUCAGAAGAGGAAAGAGAGUGGAGAAGGAAAUGUGUGGAUAGCCAAAUCUUCAGCAGGAGCCAAAGGUGAAGGAAUUCUUAUUUCUUCAGAGGCUACUGAACUUCUGGAUUUUAUAGAUAAUCAAGGACAAGUGCAUGUGAUUCAAAAAUACCUGGAGAAGCCUAUGCUCUUAGAACCAGGUCACCGCAAAUUUGAUAUUAGAAGUUGGGUCCUGGUGGAUCACCAGUAUAGCAUCUACCUCUACAGAGAAGGUGUUCUACGGACCUCUUCAGAACCUUACAAUAGUGCUAAUUUCCUGGACAAAACCUGUCAUUUGACCAAUCACUGCAUACAGAAAGAAUAUUCUAAAAACUAUGGGAGAUAUGAAGAAGGGAAUGAAAUGUUUUUUGAAGAGUUUAAUCAGUACUUGGUGAAUACUUUGAACGUUACUUUAGAAAAUACAAUCUUACUGCAAGUCAAAAAUAUAAUAAGAAGCUGCCUUAUGUGUAUAGAACCUGCUAUCAGUACCAAACAUCUUCAUUAUCAGAGUUUCCAGCUCUUUGGUUUUGAUUUCAUGGUGGAUGAGGACUUGAAAGUUUGGCUAAUUGAAGUCAACGGUGCUCCUGCAUGUGCCCAGAAACUUUAUGCAGAGCUUUGUCAAGGUAUUGUAGACCUAGCCAUCUCUUGCAUCUUUCCUCUGAAUGAUACCAUUCAAAAACAGAAUCAACCAUCUGUAUUUAUAAAGUUGUCAUAAUUAAGGAUAAAAUGAACACACUGGAAUGCGUCCACCUGUUUGGAUCCAGGGAAGACCAAGAAGCACUGAACAUUGCAUCUGCACAUCAUGCCAAAAAGAAGAAGGGAAAAAGUGGCAUAAUUUUUUAAUUUCAGAAGAGGAACAUUUCAGAGGAAAGCCCCAGAUGAACCAAAAAGCUCUCAUCGACUCUAAAUGUUUUAAAGCAUUGUUUCAAUAACAAAUCCUGUAACCGAAGCCUAUCUUUAUGUUUGAGGACAACGUAAUCGUUUUUUUUAAAUGUCAGGGGUAUGAUCAAGUCUUGUCUUUAUCUUUUUCCUUCUAAUUUAAUAAAUUGUUUUAGCAAAUGCAACUAUCAGUAUCCUUGAGAGACUGAAGAUUUUUCCACAAAGAGUUGUGGAUCCUUUCUUUCUUUACUUGCUGCAGUUCUAGUGCCUUAGCUUUGUUCCUAACAACUCUCCUCAUUUGUUUUGUUUGUACCAUGUUGUUUUUAAACUAAAACAAAAAAGAUGCCCUGUUUUGUGUGGUAUGAAGUUUCAUCAAUAUCUUUGCCUUUAUAUAUAUUUAUUUGUGUCUUCAUUUAAAAAAAAGUAUGUUCUUUGCAAAAAAUCAACUGUGGGAGACUACAAAACUGUAUCAUUUUUUUCUUCUGACAAGCUGGCACAAUUGCAAAAUCCUAUUAUAUUCUUGUGUUUUUUUAAAAAAAAGAACACCUCAUCUCUUUGCUUGUCUUUCUAUCUUAUGAAAAUGUUUCUUAGAUAGUGAAAUGGAAGCUUUUAAAGGGCCUUGAUCCUUUCCUUGUUCCACAGACAUUGGUUGGAUUCAUGCAUUGCGAUGACCAUGAUAUGUGAAUUCAUCUAGUAAGGCAUCCUAAUACAUGGAAUCCAGGCUAUUAUUCAAUGAACCCUGCUUAAAAUCGGGGUUAAGUAAAAUAGUCAUUUUAUCUCAGUUUACAUAGCAUAGCAAAACAAUAGUUUGGUUGUUGAAGUCCACAUUAUUCCAUCUCUGUCAUUUUUGAAUUCGUAUUCCCUUUCUAAUUUGUCCAAUCUGAGUAACCAACCAGCUAAUCACAUCCAUGGUAACCGAGUCCAAAUCAUGACUGAAAAUCCAGUUAAAACCAUGUGCAGAAAGCAAAGUGGUACUAGAGUAGAUCAUAGUUUGAGGAAAGGUCAUUCCUAUCUCCCAAAUAAGUGGCAAGCCAAUUGUUUUAUCCCAGUUCUGCAUUUAUUGCCAGUAUUAAGUAAUCCCAAAAUAAUGCAGUUAGGUUCAGGUAUUGUACUAUGCUACAAUUUGUUGCUACAUCACAAUUGGUUGGUUUGCAUAAACUGAGCCAAAUUAAACAAAUUACAUAAUUGCUUAGCAUGUUUUGUCUCAUUGGAAAAAUGGCAUAUAACAAUGAAUAAAUUGUACCAUGCAUGAACCCAGCCAAAUAUGCAUUAGCAGUUAAGAAGUGAAGACUCUUCACUCAGAACCAGCAUUCUCUCUAUUGCUGUUCUAGAGAAAGAGUACAUAGGAGAAUGGUUGGAUCUAGGGAACUUGCUGUCAGUCCAUAGGAAGAGAAUGGAGUCUGAUCAGAUAUCACUCAUGUCUUCAUUUCAUUGGGCCUCUUCUAAAAUUAGGGCUAACAUGGAUAUGCAAACUUAUAGUCAGCAAGAAUGC